AUGGUCGUCCCUACUUUUGCUGUUCCUCAAUCUCGCGAAGUUUUUUACGCCAUCAACAAUCAGUUUCAGCAGAACGGUCCAAAAGGUUACACGGAGUUCAAGAUGCUUGAGAACGAGGACAUGUUCGUGAGGAUAGACCUUCCCGGUGUUCCACAAAACGGCGUGAAAGUUUCUCUUUGUGCGGAUAAUAAAGGUGUGGCCGUCCUCGCCGAAGCACCCAAAGAGCACAAACACGACUCUUCUCACCGGAAAUACGUCACCGCCGUUGCCUGCCAAUGCUGCCAAAUCUCCGGCUUCACUUCCCACAUGUGCGACGGCGUUCUCAGGCUUCUCCUCUGCAAGAGAAACAUCACUCCACAACAACGCUCCUCCUCCAUCUUUUUUCUUGCUGGGCCAGAUUUCCAAGAAGUUCUUCGUAGCGAUGGUCCUCACAAGUUUCCCCAUGGCUCGGAUCCCAAUGACCCAGCGUUAACGGGUCGGGUAUUGGAGCCACAGCCACACCCAUGCGUGUUACAAGGAUCGCAGAUGGCUUAUGAGUCGAAGCAGCUCCAAAACGGCAGCCUAUACGUGCGUGUUGACAUGCCUGGUGUUCCUAAAGACAAGUUCACUGUCUCAGUCAAGAGUGGGAGAGUGAUGGUGACUGGUGAAGCUCCUGCCGUUGGCCACGACUCUGGUGGUCGGUUCUACUCUGGUGACGUGGCUAUGCUCUCCACUCCUAUCGACAUUCCCAGCCGUCGGAUCAAAACCAUCGCCAAGAACGGUGUGCUCCGUUUGAUCAUUCCUCCCGUUUGA